AUGCCGCAUCAAGAUGGCCCAACGGCCGACGACUGGCCGGACGAGCACAUUGCUCAACAAACCACCAACAGCGCAGGUCAUGGGCGGACUCCUCGGCGCGCGCAUUAUCAUGAGAAGGGCCUGAAUACAGGAGUCCGGGUAAUGGACGAUGGCCGCCUGGACAUCAAGAUCCGCGAACGCAAACCCUGGGUAUCAAAAAUCAUCAAACACCUCCAACAACAGCCCGAACCCCUCCGAGAAGAUCGCAAGCCAUCUGUCUGCCUCGUCGAAGACGGGAAACCCCCCUGCGCCCUUAAACUCAACAUUGUCAUCCAAGUCGUCGGCUCCCGUGGCGACGUACAACCCUUCAUUGCGCUAGGCAAAAUCCUCAAAUCCCACGGUCACCGCGUCCGUCUCGCUACGCAUCUCGCCUUUCGUGAAUCUAUCGAGCAUUCGGGUCUCGAGUUCUUCGAUAUCGGCGGUGAUCCGGCCGAGUUGAUGGCGUUCAUGGUGCGGAAUCCGGGCUUGAUGCCGCAUAUGAGUACCUUGCGUAGUGGAGCUAUCCCGCGCCGGAGACGCGAAAUGAAGGCCAUCUUCUCGGGUUGUUGGCGCUCGUGCUACGAGACGGGUGAUGGGACCGGGAUGCAUCAUAUUCCGGAUGAUCCGUGGAGUGAGACGGCGGAUUAUCGUACGAUGCCGUUCGUGGCGGAUGCUAUUAUUGCGAAUCCGCCGAGUUUUGUGCACUUGAGCUGCGCUGAGAAGUUGGGUAUUCCGUUGAAUAUGAUGUUUACAAUGCCCUGGUCGGCAACACAGUCUUUCCCUCAUCCGCUGGCGACUAUCCGCACGAAAAACACGAAGCCCUCCGCUGCUAAUUUUGCUUCGUAUGCCAUUGUCGAGAUCCUCAUGUGGGAAGGCCUGGGAGAUCUGAUCAACUCUUUCCGAAAGCGCGAACUCGGGCUGGACCCGUUAGACGCUAUUCGGGCACCGAGUAUCGCACACCGAUUGCGCAUCCCAUACACUUAUCUGUGGUCACCAGCUCUCCUCCCAAAACCCGGAGACUGGGGAGAUAACAUAGACAUCACCGGCUUCUCGUUUCUCUCUACCGCCUCAGACUACACACCCCCCGACGAUCUGGCCAACUUCCUCGAAUCCGGCCCUCCUCCAAUAUAUGUCGGCUUUGGAUCCAUUGUCGUAGACAAUCCGGGCUCACUAACGAAGAAAGUCUUCCAGGCCAUCCGCGAAAGCGGGCAACGGGCGGUCGUCUCCAAAGGAUGGGGUAACCUCGGAGCAGACGAAGACGAAAUCCCAGAGAACAUCUUCAUGAUCGACAAAUGUCCACACGACUGGCUCUUCCAACACGUGUCCUGCGUUAUUCAUCACGGCGGAGCGGGCACCACAGCCGCCGGGCUAGUACUAGGUCGCCCGACUAUCAUCAUCCCCUUUUUCGGCGAUCAGCCGUUCUGGGGCUCGAUCGUGGCUCGCGCUGGCGCUGGCCCGCUGCCUAUCCCGCAUAAGCAGCUAACGGUGGAGAAGCUAACGAAAGCGAUUAAGCAAGCGCUUGAGCCAGAGACGUUAGAAAAGGCGAAAGAAAUCGGAAGAGAUAUGCGUAAGGAGCGGGGGGUGCAAAAUGCUGCUGCUAGCUUUUAUCAACAUCUAGAUGUGCAGACUAUGCGGUGCUCUAUCUGUCCGAAUCGGCCAGCUGUGUGGUGGGUGAAGCUUUCACAUAUCAAGCUGAGCACAUUUGCUGCGGCGGUGUUGGUGGAGACUGGCUUGAUUAGUCCGCGGAAUGUUGUCCUAUAUCGGUCACGCGAAUACGACACCAAUCGAGAUCCUCGGGGACCAUUGUCAGCCGGUGCGGAGGUUCUCUAUGGUAUCGUCUCGGAUUUCGUCACCAGCAUCGCGGAGGCGCCUAGCGGAAUGCGAGGCAUAUUCUCGACAACACAUGAACGUCGACUCCACCACAAACAUGAUUGGAAGAAAGAGCUUCAUCUGUCCUAUCUCGAUAAAUCGUCCUUUCACCGCCACCGCCGUGGGCGAACAGAGACAUCUCUCGAUUCGGGCGUCGGGGCUGAUAUGAUCCCGAAUGGUGACAACCAACACUCGGUAACGGCGGAUCAGAACCAAUAUGAGAAUGCCACCAACAGCCCCAGCGGUGGUGAAUCAUCCAGCCCGCACACAAGCAGCUCUGACACCGAGGCGUUCGACACAACGGAUGAUGAUAUGGGCGCGGAGCUUGAUCUCGAGCGAACCAUUACUCGUUUGCGAACGAGGGAAAUGUCUCAUACAAAGGAGAUCCUAGCUGAGACGUCGUAUCAUAGCGCCCGUGCGACAAAGCAUAUUGCGAACUGGCUUAUAAAAUUGCCUACAGAUCUGACCUUGAGUCUGACGAAGGGGUUUCACAAUGCCCCCAAACUGUAUCAUGAUACCUUAGUGGAGGAUUCGCCACGAGUGCUUGGAGUGAGGAGCGGGUUCCGCGCUGCUGGGACGGAAUUCACGCAUGGAUUCUACAACGGCAUUACUGGACUUGUCACACAGCCUGUGGUCGGGAUAGAAAAGUCUGGUGCAAAGGGAUUGCUGACAGGUAUCGGAAAGGGCGUAGGUGGUGUCUUUCUCAAACCUACUGCUGGCCUCUGGGGUUUGGCAGGCUACCCACUGGAAGGGAUGCACAAGAGUCUCCGCAACUCACUCUCGCAGAGUAAAACGAAAGAUAUUCUAGCUUCGCGUAUGCAGCAGGGUAUUGAGGAGAUGUGUGCGGCUACAACGCAAGAACGAUCUGCGGUGAUCCAGAAGUGGCACGAGUUGCAGAGGGCGGGGCUGGGACAUAUGAGUGAGCGCGAGCAUGAGCAUGGGCAUCAUGGUUCGUAGGCAGAUAUACCCG